AUGCAACGACUGUAUGAAAAUGUAGAACCUUCAGUCAUAGAUUCAGAUAUGUUGUAUGAAGCAGUUGAACAACAAGGACCUCAAGAUGAAGCUAAAAAAAUUGCAAAGCGAGAAGGGAUUAAAUUUAAAAAUGUUCUUUCACUUAGGCUGGACUUUAGAAAUAUUCUGCUAAUUGAUAACCUGUGGGAGUUCAAAUCACUGACCAAACUGCAACUUGACAAUAACAUUAUAGAGAAAAUUGAAGGACUGGAAGGUUUAGUCAAUCUUGUUUGGUUAGAUUUGUCAUUUAACAACAUCGAGGUCAUUGAAGGCCUAAGCACACUGACUAAGCUAAAAGAUUUAACUUUAUACCACAAUCGAAUCAGCAAAAUUGAGAAUCUCGAUGCUCAGAAAGAGCUGCAGAUUUUUUCCAUUGGAAAUAAUGAGAUCAAAGAUGCCAAAGACAUUAUCUACUUGCGCCAGUUCCCAAAGCUGAAAACAUUAAAUUUUGGAAUCAACCCAGUCUGUGCUCAAGAAAAUUUCCGCUGGUAUCUCCUAGCUUUCCUUCCCAAGUUGGAAUUUUUAGAUUACCAACUAUUGGAUUCACGACUGAAAUCAAAAGCGCGCGAGAUAUUUGCAGACGAGGUUAAGGAGCAGGAGGAGCUGGACAGAGCAGCCAAAAAGAUCGAAGAUGUUAAUCUUCUAAUGGAAAAAGAACUUAAACUUCACAAGGAAGCAUUUGUGGAAUAUUUAAAUACAGACAGGCUCUUUUUAGAGAUGUACGCUGACGAUCUUGAUGGACAGAAACUGAAUGAGAUGCCUGGGGCUGAUGAAAUUGUAGAGAAAUUAUUGGAAGUGUGCAAUAGGUUAUUUGAGUUUGGCUUGGAAGAACGUGAAAAAAGGAAAGAGGAAGAGCAGAUGUUCUGGGAUUGUGUCAAUGAGGCCAAAGCUGAAAAUAAACAAAUGGCAAUGGAUGCCAUCUAUGAAUAUUCAAAGGAGAAACAAAAACUAUUUGUUGGAUUGCAAGCCCUGACUGAUGCAAAGCUGAUGGACAAGAAACUCAAAGACUUCUACAUUAACAUUACAGAUCUGUCUGACAAACUCAUGACUCUGGAGUUGCAGCUGGUGGACCAGCUUGAGGAAGUCAUCAAAGACUUUGAGCGCAGCAUGCUGGAACUUGUGGGCAACUUUCUGGAAACCAUGCACUCCUGCCUGACAGAGAUGAGGGAGACUGAAAACUCACUCAAUGAGAAAAUGACAGAAUGUGCUUCUCUUGCCCUUGACAAGGCAGCAAAGAACGAACUAGACGAAGAUGUAACAGAAGAACUGAAAAUU